AUGGCUUUUAUACUAGAUGCAGCAGUUACAGUAUUUCUGAACAUACUGGUGAUCAUCUCCAUCUCUCACUUCAAGCAGCUCCACACUCCAACCAACCUGCUCAUCCUCUCUCUGGCUGUGGCAGAUUUCCUGGUGGGACUGAUUGUGAUACCAGUAACGACUGUAGCAAUAAUGGAACCAUGCUGGGAUUUUGGGGAAUAUUUCUGUGUGUUUUAUUUCUGCAUCACUUGUUUGUGUUCUUCUUUAUCUGUGGGCAGUUUGGUCUUGAUAUCUAUUGACCGUUAUGUUGCUGUGUGUGAUCCCUUAUUGUACCACUCUAAAAUAACAAUAACAAGAAUGAUGUAUUGUAUAUCCAUUACCUGGUGUUGUUGUAUCAUAUACGAUGCAGCUGUUAUAAAAAUCUUUGUAAAUGUACAGGCAAAUAAGUCUGAGAGAAAAGCAGCAAAAACUCUAGCUAUUGUUGUUUUCAAUUAUCUCAUUUGUUGGAUUCCAUUUUUGAUCUGUGGUCAGAACCAGGUCCCAGAAAAUGUGAGUGUGGUGGUGAACAACCCUGUGUCUCUAACCUGUGAGGCCUCUGGCAUCCCUCUUCCUGCUAUCACCUGGCUGAACGAUGGAAACACAGCAGCACAGGAGACCGCAGCAGACACUUCAACCUCAACGUACUGGGUAUGA